AUGCUUCUGUCACGAUUUCUCAAGAAUUGGGUUGGCCGCUUUCAGGUGUCUCUUACGAGAUGGACGCGGUCACCCACGGAGACGCCUUUUACUCGGGUCCCGCCCGAGAUCAUCCUCAUCAUUCUCGAACACCUCCCACCAGAGUCUGUCAUUUCCUUCUCCCUCACCUGCCGAACAUUCUACCGCGCUUACAUGGACCCGUUCCUUCCCAUGGGUCUUGCGUCCCAGCAAACCUUGCUCCUCUGGCUAGAGCGGGAUAUUGGGGGGCUUUAUUUCUGCCACCAGUGCCACAAACUACAUACAUGGAAGCGUGAGCGGUACGGCUACCGUGCGCCCAUCUACAACGGCGCUUGCAGACGACGAAGACAGUCCUACGAGGUUGGAUGCUGCGGGCACCCUUUCCUAGUAGAGUAUCAUACAGCACGGCUGAUCAUGAAUCGCCAUUUGUAUGGAGCUUCGCACGGCCCCCCUCUACGACAUCUUCAGGUGCGGCACGAUUGGCGUGAUGAAUACCACGAUGUCAAGAAAGAACAGUCUCUGGAAGCUCGCAUUAUCGAUGACGAGCUGUUCCUCCACAUCCGCUUCACAGUUCAUCAAGACCGAGGCAGGUGGAUGGACUCCAACGACAUCCUCUGGGACGCGAUCUGCCCGCAUCUAACCGUCUCGGAGGUCGAGAGGUAUAAGUCCGUUGUACCGGACGUCAUACAAAGAGCUGUCGUUCCGGAUCGCUCCGGCAGGGUUGCCGGUCCCGUCCGAUCUUGUCCUCAAUUCUUCACCGAUUGUCAAAUAGAUGUUGACUGGGUUGGUUUCCCCAGAGCUGAGCGACAAAAGUGGGUUAUCCGGGUCCAGAAGUGGGCAGAACUAGGAAACUGUCGUUCUCCCCAAGACGACAGGUGGCGUGGCUUGACUAGGGGUGACAAGUUGGGAGGGCUACGGUCUUUGACCUGCCCGGCAGGUAUGGUGCGACAGAGAUGGGUGGAGCUUGAUGGUGACUCUGGGGAUGAGGUUGCUUCAUUCAUCGGUAAAUAA